AUGUUGGUGAAGGUGAACAGCAUUGGGAGGAACCAGUCUGUGGUGCCCGCUAGCACCCAGCACCUCUUCCACCUCAACACUCUCAACCCUGGGAGCCCUGCUGUGUGCCAGGUCCAUUCAGACAGACCCAGUCCCAGACCCAACCCUAGCCCUGCAGGCAAGAUGGCUUCCCCUGUGGACCACAAGCAAGCCUUCCACCUGAAGAAGGGAGACAACGGUAACUUCUGCCUGGUGAUGCCCUCCAGUGGCGGCCAGGUCUACCAGACCCCACAGAGGUCUCAGGCUGGCACCCCCUGGCCCUCCUCGCCCCAGUAUGGUGCCACCCCGCCCAUCUAUGAUGAACCACCCAUGGAUACACCUAUCUAUGACGAGCCCCCGAUGGAGGUAGAGGUGGAGGGGGCCGCCCUCCUGAACAGGCCCUCCACCCCAACCACCAGCCUGCAGAGGGUCUGCCAGCCCCACCCCCAGCCCCACCCCCAGUCCCACCCCAGACCCAGUCCCACCCCCAGACCCAGCCUCAGACCCAGCCCCACCCCCAGACCCAGACCCAGCCUCAGCAGCAGCCCAAGCUGCUUCAAUACCCAGCCUCUCACCUGGCCUCCAAACACAAAAGGAACCCCUCCGCCACAGAGUACAGCCCCGCUGGAUGGGAGUGCAUCAAACACAUGGUCAACGUGGACCCUGCCACCUGCAAGCAGAGCCCCUUAUCCCAGCCUAUCCAGACAGAGCAGGCCCCUGCUCCAGACCCUGACCUGCCCCCCUCUCCAUCCCCAGGCCCAGGCCCAGGCGUGACCCAGCCCAGGCCCAAGGAGGUGAGCCUGGAGAAGAAGCAGUCAUGGCGUCUCCUGGAGACCAGCGUGAGGAAGAACAUGGAGGCCCGACACACCCGGCAGAACAGCGUGGCCUCCCAGGAGUACCCAGCGCCGGCCGCUGUCACCUACCAGGACUCAGGCUACUCCACCGGGCCCUCGCCCAGCUUGAGGAGGAAGAACCGCCGGAGAGCCCUGGGCGGUGGGGCUGGGGGAGCAGUGCAGGGCCGGGCAGGCUCGGUGGGCAGCAGUGGGGAGCUCAGUGCCCUGAAUGAGAAGCUGAUGGCAGAGAUGCGGGUGGUGGUGAGUCAACCUAACACCCUGCGUGGCAGCAAGGCCAGCCUGGACACUGAGAUGUCUGAGGGCUCUGUACCUCGGGCCCGUUCCCCCCUGGACUCCCUGAAGAAGUACGGGGGCCGCAGCUCCUCCCGGGAGGAUAUCAGCGCCAGUAACCGCUCUCUGUACCGGGCCGGGAGCGGGAGUACCCACGGCGACGUGCCCCUCUCGCCCCUGGCGUCGGAGGGCAUGGUGCGUCAGAAACGGACCUAUGAGAAGGUGGACACUCUGGAGAAGAGCAUCAUCAGCCAGAACAGCCUGUCCUCCUCAGAGCCCCCGAUGUCCCUCUCACAGGUACAGUUCAGAACAGCCCGCCUCUCAACACUUUGUACUAUAUCUUGGUGUGAAUGUUGUUCUUGUCUUAGCUGUGUCUUAGCAUUCAGACCUCUUUGUGUAUACACCGUAGAAAACAGGCCUGUUCCUCUGGCGUGUGUUAUAUAUAGUUAUGUGGUGAUAUGUUGACAUGUGUCGGGUGGCUGAUGUGUUCCAGCCCACUGGGCACACACUGGUUGAAUCAACGUUGUUUCCACGUCAUUUCAAUGAAAUUACGUUGAACCAACGUGGAAUACCCAGUGCGAGGGCCGCUCCAGCCUGCUGUUCUGCUGUGUAUAGAACAGCGUGUUGACAUAUGAAAGGGCGGUCUGUGUAAGGGAAGCUCUGUACUCUCUACCUUGUGUGACGGGGCAUGGGCUAAUUAGCCUCGAUAGGUGUAUUACUGCAGGUCAGCUGGAAUGUCUACAUGCCCUGGGAAUUCUCUGUCUCUCUACCGGAAAUGAAGCUACCACCUUUCUCCUUGUUUUCUUUUGAAGCAGUUCUAGGGAACAACAAUUGUUCUAUUUUCCUCCCUGUGUGGCGUUGGAGAUGUGGCAGUGUGUAGGCGUUGCUAAGGGAAGGCAGCAGUAAUCUCUGUCUCUCCCGGCCUUCUUUUCUCACCUCCCUCUCGCUUCAGCCCUCAGGAGAAAAAUUGGACGCUGUCGACAUCCUGUCGCCGUAGGAACAAUGCAGAAGAAAGCUGAUCGCUCUCAGUUUCCUGUUGCCAAAGUCUGUGUUCCAUUCCAGCAAAAAGGGGGCUUUGCGUCGGAGUGCCUUGAAUCAUAUUGGAGUUGUUUUUAAUCACAUUUUGUAUCGCUCCUUUCCUGUAAAAAACAACAACAUCACGUUGAUGCAGUGUGUGUUGUCACCAGAGACAGUCCCAAGCCUCCUUCUUGCCUAAUUGUUUUAGAAAUAGUAUAUAGUGUGAUUUGGGUUAGCCUAGUUCCUGGUUGUGGCUGGUUACAAAUAACGUUAGGCGGGGAGUUGUUUUUGUCAAUGGCUUUAUCAACUCAAACCACAUCCACCCCCAUAACUGGAAGUCUGGCUGCUCUGCGGGGACUCUGAACAGAACAACCUGCACAUAAAAACUAAAAACAGAGAGCUAGGACUCCACAGGCUACACGUUUGCGGUAGACAGGAAAAAUAAACAUGAAACGCGCAUUAGUUUUAAUGGGGGCGAGAACUCCGAUCCCCCGCGUGAGGUGUCGCUCAGCUCUCCAAAUCCAUAAGGUGGCUUUGUCACCUCCACCAAGAAAACACUGCAUGCCUGGAGGAGCUCUCCUGCAGAGAGUGAGGAAGAGAUAGAGAUUCCAUUCCGCUCUCAGCAUCCAUCUCUCAGUCUCGUGGCAGUGAAGUGCUUUGAGAGGAUGGGAUCAUAUGAUACAGUGGCCGUGUCCGAAUACCCGUAAUUGCGUUCUAAAUAGUAGGGAUUUUGGGUUUGCGAAAAUAUUAAGUUUUAUAGUAUGUGCUAUUUCUAAAUUUUAUAUGCUUUAAAUGCCAGGAUGUCGUACUCAUUUCACCUUUUCAUGCUAUUGAGGAAGAUAAUAGUCUUUCCAGACUCACGUGUGUUUAACAACAGCUGAUAAUCAGCUGAGGGGACACGCUGUAACAAAAUUAUUUUUGUUUUUAUUUUUAUAUUUUUAUUUAACCUUUAUUUAACCAGAUAAGCCAGUUGAGAACAAGUUCUCAUUUACAACUGCAACCUGGCCAAUAUAAAGCAAAGCAGUGCGAUAAAAACAACAACAACAGAGUUACAUAUGGAAUAAACAAAACGUACAGUCAAUAACACAAUAGAAAAUCUAUAUACAGUGUGUGCAAAUGUAGUAAAUUAUGGAGGUAAGGCAAUAAAUAGGCCAUAGUGCAAAAUAAUUACAAUUUAGUAUUAACACUGAACGAAUGGCGGGAAUCAACGCAAUUGCGCAUUAGGUGACGCGUUCUCAGUAGAAUGAGCCUAGUAUGUUGAUAUUUGUUGCUUACUGCAUCCGUUUUUACUAAACAGUACGUUCUAAAUAGUAUGUAGCACGAUUAGUAAACAGUAUGUCGUUUUUACUGAGUGUGUGUGUGGGUAAGCGCACAUGAGUGUGUGCAUGAGUGUUUAUAUUGAGAGAUUGGACCAUGCAGUUCAGUGAAAGGAAUGGCGACCAACCACCCAGGUAGAGAGCAGUUCAGUGAAAGGAAUGGCGACCAACCACCCAGGUAGAGAGGUGAGAUAGAGAGAGUAUGUAAGCUAGAUGAAAUAGAGGAAAAGAGAACACCAUUCUUUGAUGCCUCAACGAAUUUGAUCCUGGCUGCAGUGUGUCAUGUGUUGGGCUGGGCUUGGGGACUUACUAGGGAGAAGGCCCUGUUAACUGCCUCUGUCAGUAUGUGAGACUUUUUUCCCCCACACUAGCGCUUAGCGGGGGGUUACGCUAGCUCCAUCCAUCCACUAUCACAGCUGGGCCACUGGAGAAUACUCUAACCUCUGCUCUGAAACGUACACUGGACUGGACUGGACUGGACUUUUCAAUAAAACGCACCCACACUUUUUAUACUGUCUGGACGAACUUAAUAGAAUUGUUGGUCUCAUUCCAGGACUAUUUCUAUUGUGUAAAGGGAAAAAGGGAUCUCUGUUUUUGACAGUAAAAUAAGAACAAUCCCUCCACAAUAGUUUUUUUUUUUUUCAGACAAUGAGGAUUUGGGAGUAAGGAUUGGGGAGAGAGGGUUCAGGCAGUCCUACUCCCCACCGGGAUGAUUGCUGGUUGGGAGGAACAGAGUAGUCCCAGUCCAGUCCAGCCUUGCAACCACUACAAAGGCACCAUAGUGUUACAUAUAAAACUCUCUGGAUCACUGGGUAUAAUGUCUUGGAAUGGGAUCACUUACAUUCUGGAUUUACAGUCCUUUAGCUACUUCUAAAUUGGAGACUCUGCUUGGAGACUUUUACUGGUUAUGAGACUUAUGUCUCUGUAACUGUCCAAUCAGAGGUUGAGUUACUGACUGUUAUCAACAGCAAUAGCCAUCUUGAAUGGCCUCAAAUCCUCAGAGCUGAUAGCAGUGUUUUUCUUGUGGAUGUGUGCGUGUUCCGUGGUGUGCAUUUAUCAUGUACUCAAAUGUGCUCCUAUAUGAAAUUCCUACGUUAUGCAGAUGAAUACUCAAGUCACAUGUCGAAAUACGUUUGGUGCUGAGUCGUUUCACUGUUCAUUGUCAGAUCUGUAGGAGAGUAACUUGGCAGAAGCUGCCUAUGCUCUGCAAAGAGACUGGGGCUGAGGCUGUGUGUGGGUUGAAAUGGCCUGACUGAAAUGUGGUUCAGGCCCACAGAAACCAUAUCAUUCACUGCUGUAUAUAAACACCCAUGGAAAUGACUCUCCCAAAGGCCUUCAGCAAGAAUGCCUGUCUGAAAUUGAAAAAUUAAGGGGGUCCUAAAUAACUAGACAUCAGUAAUUAGCAGGGUCUGUAAUAGUGGAUAUUUUAUCAAACCAUCAUGUAAAAACUAACACAAUUCAUCAGGAUUUAUUUGAACACACUUUACAUUUUUACAUUUCAGUCAUUUAGCAGACGCUCUUAUCCAGAGCGACUUACAGUUAGUGAGUGCAUAGAUUUUUCAUACUGUGGGCAAUGUGGCGUUAAGAGUCUGUAUUUUUGUUGUAACUUUGCCAUUCUCUCUUGUCUGUGAGAGUUGCCACUGUCGCUGGCUGGAUGUGCCUCGUUUGAAGGUACCCCAGCCUGCCGUGCACCCCCCCCUCAGCCUCCCCAAAUGUGCCUAAGGAGGAGUAUCUUGCACUGUUAUCUGCACCCAGCCUGUGAGAGAGGCCAGUCAAACCACACAGGACACUGCUAAACCCAAUCACAGUCUAUCACACUGACCAGGAAGAGAUGGCACUGACAGCCAUCUGGAACACACAGAGAGAAAGAGAGAAAGAGAGAGAGAGAGAGAGGUGAGAGAACAGAGAGAGAGAGAGAUCGAGGACUGGAGAGAGAGGAGAGGCAGGGAGAGCGAGAGAUCGGAGAGAGAGACUCUCUAGAUGAGAGAGGGCGACUCUGAGCGCGCGAGGAGCCUGCGCCGUCGAGCGGAUGCGAGCGCGCGCGGGAGGAGCUGUACAUGUAGAUUACGUGGACGGAUGAGAAGCCUCUAGGGAGAUCGACUCGCUGAAAAAAAUUAAUUACUGAGAGAGAGGGAUGGACAGAGAGAGAAAGAAGGGAUUGAUGAAGAUCCAGGCAGCAGAUGCAGCCGUUUGGGGUAAGUGGCCAAGCCAGAAAGUCUUAAUCUUGUGUCCCCUCCUAGGACAUCUGGUUAGGCACCCAGUAAUUCCCUCAGCCCUUCCCCACGCUUAAUUACCCAGCUAAUGAGCCUUACACAACCCUUUUUUCCAUCUGAGCCUGUUUAACCAGCCACUUUGAUACGGUUACAAAUUCAUGGCAACUCAGCAUUGACCACUAAGACCUCUGUUUUCAGCUUAGACUGAUUUGUGACUGGUACCUCCACGGACACGUUUUAUAUUGUGCGAUUAAUUCAAAAUGAUGUGGGUUUGGGGAAAGGCUGUUUUGGCCUGAGCGGGUCUUAGUGGAGCUUAGCUCCAGACCUGCUGAGGGGGUUAGGGUUGGAAAGCUUUGGACCUGAGCUGUGGAAAAAUACACCAGUUAUACUUCUGACCAACGGCCCACAUGGUUCAUAUCACCGUGCUGCAUGGAUUACUGCACCACUGAAAAGAUGAUCAUGCGGCUUUUGUUUUUAAUAAGACCACAUUAUGAAGCCCUUACUACAUAGACAUAUGUCUUUUACGGCUGCUAUGGAAAAUUGGGGUACCCUCCCUGGUCCCUACCCACACAUCGCUGUCAGAACAAUAAUGAAAAGCCUGAUAUAUAGGAGGCCAGAGUUCCUCUAACAGAUCUGCCUGACUUCUGCAGCAUUACAUUGUAAAUAUGACAUCAUAUGAGUAUGAAUGUAAAAGCCCAUCUUUCAAAUCAAAUUUUAUUUGUCACAUGCGCCGAAUACAACAGGUGUGUAGACCUUACAGUGAAAUGCUUACUUACAAGCCCUUAACCAACAAUGCAAAAUAAGUGUUAAGUAAAAAAUUGAUAACUAAACAAUUUAAAAUAAUUAAAUAGCAGCAGUAAAAUAACAGUAGCGAGGCUAUAUACAGGGGGUACCGGUACAGAGUCAAUGUGCGGGGGCACCGGUUAGUCGAGGUAAUUGAGGUAAUAUGUACAUUUACAUUUUAGUCAUUUAGCAGACGCUCACAUGUGGGUAGAGUUAAAGUGACUAUGCAUAGAUAAUAAACAGGGUAGCAGCAGCAUAAAAUAGGGGGGGGGGGGGGGGGGACAAUGCAAAUAGUCCGGGUAGCCAUUUCAUUAGCUGUUCAGGAGUCUUAUGGCUUGGGGGUAGAAGCUGUUAAGAAGCCUUUUGGACCUAGACUUGCGGCUCCGCUACCACUUGCCGUGAGGUAGCAGAGAGAACAGUCUAUGACUAGGGUGGCUGGAGUCUUUGACCAUUUUUAGGGCCUUUCUCUGACACUGCCUGGUAUAGAGGUCCUGGAUGGCAGAAAGAUUGGCCCCAGUGAUGUACUGGGCCGUACGCGCUACCAUCUGUAGUGCCUUGCGGUUGGAGGCCAAGCAGUUGCCAUACAGGCGGUGAUGCAACCAGUCAGGAUGCUCUCGGUGGUGCAACUGUAUAACUUUUUGAGGAUCUGAGGACCCAUGCCAAAUCUUUUCAGCCUCCUGAGGGGGAAUAGGAAAUGUUCCAUAUGCACAAAAAGCUUAUUUCACUCAAGAAGCUGAUUAAACAACAUGAUCAUUGCACAGGUGCACCUUGUGCUGGGGAAAAUAAAAGGCCACUCUAAAAUGUGCAAUUUUGUCACACAACACAAUGCCAUAGAUGUCUCAAGUUUUUAGGGAGCGUGCAAUUGGCAUGCUGACUGCAGAAAUGUCCACCAGAGCUGUGGCCAGAGAAUUGAAUGUUAAUUUCUCUACCAUAAGCCAUCUCCAACGUUGUUUUAGAGAAUUUGGCAGUCCGUCCAACCGGCCUCACAACCGGACCACGUGUAACCCCACGGGAUCAUCUGAGACCAGCCACCCGGACAGCUGAUGAAACUGUGGGUUUGCACAAUUGAAUAAUUUCUGCACAAACUGUCAGAAACCGUCUUAGGGAAGCUCAUCUGCGUGCUCGUCAUCCUCACCAGGGUCUUGACCUGACUGCAGUUCGGCGUUGUAAACGACUUCAGUGGGCAAAUGCUACCUUCGAUGGCCACAGGCACGCUGGAGAAGUGUGCUCUUCACGGAUUAAUGUAUGGCGUCGUGUGGAACGAGCGGUUUGCUGAUGUCAAUAUUGGGAACAGAGUGCCCCAUGGUGGUGGUGGGGUUAUGGUAUGGGAGGCAUAAGGUACGGACAAUUAACACAAUUGCAUUUUAUCAAUGGCAAUUUGAAUGCACAGAGAUACCGUGAUGAGAUCCUGCCAUUCACCCGCCGCCAUCACCUGAUGUUUCAGCAUGAUGAUGCAAGGCCCCAUGUCGCAAGGAUCUGUACACAAUUUCUGGAAGCUGAACAUUUCCCAGUUCUUCCAUGGCCUGAAUACUCACCAGACAUGUCACCCAUUGAGCAUGUUUGGGAUGCUCUAGAUCGACGUGUACGACAGCGUGUUCCAGUUUCCACCAAUAUCCAGCAACUUCGCACAGCUAUUGAAGAGGAGUGGGACAACGUUCAACAGGCCACAGUCAACAGCCUGAUCAACUCUAUGCGAAGGAGAUGUGUCGCGCUGAAUGAGGCAAAUGGUGGUCACACCAGAUACUGACUGGUUUUCUGAUCCACGCCCCUACCUUCUUUUAAAGGUAUCUGUGACCAACAGAUGCAUAUCUGUAUUCCCAGUCAUGUGAAAUCCAUAGUUUAGGGCCUAAUGAAUGUAUUUCAAUUGACAGAUUUCCUUAAAUGAACUGUAACUCAGUAAAAUCUUUGAAAUUGUUGCAUGUUGCGUAUAUAUUUUUGUUCAGUGUAGUUUCAUUUGUAUUUGGUAAAUGGCCAGUGGCAGUGGAAGUGUUUUGGCGUGAUGGAAGGGAAGCAGCCAGAGGAAGGCUACAGAGAGUGGGGGAUGGAUGUUAUGUUACCAUACAUGUGUUUUGAUGUGAUACCCACAUUGGGUCACCUAUUUCUGGAGUGUGAUCUGCGUGAAUGAUUCCAGAUUCUACUCUGUUAACACUUUAGGGGGAAUGAGUAAACUGAUCCUACAGUACGCACACUGACGAACACACACACACACACACACACCAUAAUUCACAUGCUCUAUGUAUGUUUACAGCAUCAGACACAUACCAUCAACAGACAGUAAUUCACAUAUGAUUCCAGCUGUGGCGUUUAUGUCUAUGCCUUGCUAAAGCUUCCUCUCCCUCUGGGUCUUCUUCUCCAGGGAGGAACACUGGAAUCCAAGGCCCAGUCAGAGAUCUCAUCACAAGGGGGAGGUAAUGGACACAGGAGCACCCAGGUCUCCCCCCAAUGGAGUCAAAGUGACUGGAGACAGAGGGGGAGGUGGGGGAGGAGGAGGAGGCAGCAGCGUGGGAUACCAGUACCCUUACACCACCCUCUGUAAACCUCCUCCAGACACCAACAUGGUGGACUGGGCCAGUAAGAACCUGAACCUGCACACUCAGGGCCUGUUCCGCCGCCGCGUCUCCAUCGCUAACAUGCUCUCCUGGAAGAGGGGCUCCAUCAAGAAGCCAAUGCUGAUCACCAGCGACCGUGCCGUCAAGAAAGAGGCCUGUGAGAUGUUCAAGCUGGUUCAGGCCUACAUGGGGGACCGUCCGGCCCGGCUGGAGCGCCGUCACGCCGCCCUGCUGGUGGUCACUAAGUGCUGGGGCAUGCAGGCCCUGAGGGACGAACUGUACAUCCAGCUGGUCAGACAGACCACUGACAACCUGAGCCUGAGGAGCCUGGAGGCCGGCUGGGAAUUCAUGGCCAUCAGCCUGGCCUUCUUCUCCCCCUCGCCCAAGUUCAGAAGCUACCUGGAGGGGUACAUCCAGAGACACCUGGAGCCCUCCAACGACAAGAAGAGUGAGUGGCAAAACUGCUUCUAUUGA